GAUUUUAAUUACCUUCGAGCACAAGGAAUAGAGGAGAGCGGACCAUGAGCUUGUCACGAGGCAACAAAAAUCGUGCAUAGGUUAAGCCCUUGGCGAAAAUAUCAGCAACCACCCGACGUGUAAAAGACAAUUCUCUCCCUCUCCUUGUGUAUCCCGCUCAUUCUGUGUAUAAAUUCUCUUGUUGUAUCGUUGAAUAGUAUUCAAUAAGAAGUACUCUUGUUUUAAGCUUUUCAGAAUAGAGAAAACAAGAAACGGAAACCGACGGCCAUGUCUGCGAUGAGAUCUUUCUCUCUCAUAUAUAACUGAGUCUUAGCCCUCUCUCUCUCCAGCGAUGGCUCAACCCUACAGAGUCACGGUCAUAGAGCAAAGCCAGGUUGCUCCACCGCCCAACUCAGUUCCUAACACCUCUCUUCCUCUCACUUUCUUAGACAUACCAUGGCUUCUCUGCCGUCCCAUGCAACGCCUUUUCUUCUAUCAACAUCCUCAAUCCACCCACUCUUUCACACAAGCCAUCCUUCCCACCCUCAAACACUCUCUCUCCCUCACUCUCCGACACUUCUUUCCCUUAGCCGGCAAUCUGGUAUGCCCUCCCCGAACCCACAAACUCCAUAUCCUCUACACAGAGGGAAACUCGGUCCCUUUAACCGUCGCUGAGGCUGCCGGCGAUUUCAACCAUCUCAUAGCCAAUUAUCCACGGGAUGUAAGAGAAUUACACCCUUUCGUGCCACAGUUGCCCCCAACACGUGUCUCAUCCGAUAACACGCGUGUGAUCCCUCUCAUGGCUAUGCAAGUUACAGUUUUUCCAAAUGAAGGAAUUUGCAUUGGCAUCACCUUUUGCCAUGUGGCAGCUGAUGGAAGGGCAUUCCACCAUUUCAUAAAGUCAUGGGCGGCCAUUUGCAGGACAGGAGGAGACUUGUCUUGCCUUGACAGGUCACCACCAUUCCAUGACAGGGCUGUGAUCGAAGACCCGAAUGGGCUUGAGCACAAUUUCUUGGAGGACUGGUGGAAUUGGGGUUCAGCGUGGAAGGAUGACAUAGGUCUCAUCAAUGAUUAUGGUGACAAGGUUCGUGCCACAUUUGUGCUUCGCCGAGCCCAUAUUGAAGGACUAAAGCAGUGGGUCAGAGGUCAAAGCAUGAACAAAGAAGAAUUGGAGCCUUUACAAAUCUCUACAUUUGUGGUAACAUGUGCAUUAAUUUGGGUUUGGUUGAUCAAAUCACAACACAGUGGAGUGAGUAAUUUUUCUGCUAGUAGUGAGCUCUGCUACUUCGCUUUUGUAGCAGAUUGCCGAAACCGGCUCAAGUUUCCAAUACCUUCUACAUAUUUUGGAAACUGCCUAGCAAUAUGUAUUGUACCACUCGAGAGGUUUAAGCUAGUGGGAGAAACUGGGAUUUUCGAAGCUGUGAAAACUAUUGGAAACAAAGUUCGCCAACUAGAGACUGAGGCUUUAAGAGGGGCAGAGACAUGGCUCUUGGAUUGGAAAGAAAAAUCAGAAACAGGGAAUCUUGUGACAGUUGCAGGCUCACCAAGAUUGGGUGUUUAUGAGACAGAUUUUGGGUGGGGGAGGCCAAAAAAGAGUGAGGUGGUUCACAUUGAUAUUACGGGGGCUAUUUCUCUUUCUGAAUGUAGAGAUGAGGAUGGAGCAAUUGAGGUUGGUUUGGCACUCAGUAAGAGAGAUAUUGGUGAUUUCACUGCCAUCUGGGAACAGAGCUUGAAGCUAUUUUGAAUCUCCAAUAGCUGAAUAAGAUUGUACCCAUACUUCAAAUAGAAUCAUAUUGCUAUAUACUCGUUUACAUCAUCAUCUAUAUAUGUUUUCUGAAUAAGUACUUAA